AUGUCAAAAAAAGGAAGUACUAUAAAAAAAGGUUUAGUUGUACGACCAAUCCUCUCCUCAGAAAUAAAUUCGCGUUGCCAGGUCGACUUGACCGACAUGCAAGCUCAGCCCGAUAAAAACUUUAAAUUUAUUUUGGUCUAUCAAGAUCACUUAACUAAAUUUGUUUUACUGCGUCCAUUAACCCAUAAACGCGCGGAAAAUGUUGCUUGCGUUCUAUUGGACAUUUUUACUACAUUUGGUGCACCUUCAAUACUUCAUAGCGACAACGGUCGAGAAUUUGUUAAUACGAUUAUUAGCGACUUAUGUAAUAUGUGGCCUGAACUUAAAAUAGUUCAAGGAAAACCACGACAUUCCCAAAGCCAAGGUUCCGUCGAAAGAGCAAAUCAAGACAUUGAAAAUAUGAUAGCUACUUGGCUCCAGGACAAUAAUACGAGAAGAUGGAGUGAGGGGCUGAAAUUUAUUCAAUUCAUGAAAAACCGAUGUUUACAUCAUGGGAUUAAAUGUUCACCAUACGAGGCAAUGUUUGGUACAAAAGCUAGUUGGACUAGCCACUUCAUCACUUCCAAAAAAUAUUUCAUCUAUAUUGAAGACAGAAGAAGACUUAGAAGAAGCUUUAAAAAAAAGUACGUAUACUUAUAA